UGGCGAUGUUACUUCCGGUACCGUGUGAGCUAAUGAUGUGGAUGAUGCCGGCCCGGGACCGAGCUACUAUCGACUGACUCCCAGGGACCGAGGCCCGGGACUGAGCUACUACCGACUGACUCCCGGGGACCGAGGCCCGGGACUGAGCUACUACCGACUGACUCCCGGGGACCGAGCUACUACCGACUGAUUCCCGGGGACCGAGGCCCGGGACUGAGCUACUACCGACUGACUCCCGGGGACCGAGGCCCGGGACUGAGCUACUACCGACUGACUCCCGGGAACUGAGCCCGGCGUUAAAUCCUCGCCGGGUCCCGGGGACCGAGCGGGGUGGACAUUAUCAGCCCAGAGAGAAAGAGAGAGAGCUGCACUUUGGUCGAGGUGGCAGCCUUACCGGAGCGCCAUGAUCCGCUGGAUACGGCAGCAGCUGGGAUUUGACCCACCACACCAAAGUCCCACAAGAACAAUUUAUGUUUCCAAUCAUUUCCCCCAGUAUGAGAAUUUUGUUCAUCAGAAGUUUCCAGAUAAUAGGAUGAUAUCAUCAAAGUACACAGUAUGGAAUUUUAUCCCAAAGAAUUUAUUUGAACAAUUCCGAAGAAUAGCUAACUUUUACUUUCUCGUAAUUUUUCUAGUGCAAUUGAUGAUAGAUACUCCCACCAGCCCAUACACCAGUGGACUGCCAUUGUUUUUUGUAAUUACAGUAACUGCCAUCAAACAGGGUUAUGAAGAUUGGUUACGACAUAAAGCAGAUAAUGAAGUUAACAACACUCCAGUGUAUGUGAUUCGAAGUGGUGGCCUCGUCCAAACAAGAUCACAAAACAUAAGAGUUGGUGACAUUGUCAGAAUAGAAAAAGAUCAAACGUUUCCCACAGAUUUAGUGCUGCUUUCGACUGAUCGAGAGGAUGGGACAUGUUAUGUCACAACUGCAAGUUUGGAUGGAGAAACAAAUCUGAAGACACAUCAUGCAGUUCCUGAAAUAGCCAAAUUGCGCACUGUUUCUCAACUACACACACUGAGGGCUGUCAUAACCUGCCAUCAGCCAGAACCGGACCUGUAUAGGUUUGUUGGGCAAAUUAGGAUCCAACAAAAUCCAAACAAUGUAGUGAGACCUCUGGGACCAGAAAAUCUUCUACUUCGAGGAGCAAGUUUGAAAAAUACCAAUGAAGUUUACGGUGUGGCUGUCUACACUGGAAUGGAUGCUAAGAUUGCUUUGAAUUAUAAGAGCAAAUCACAGAAACGUUCUUCUGUGGAAAAGUCUAUGAACACUUUUUUGAUAGUCUUCCUAGAAAUUCUUGUGAUUGAAGCAGUUAUUAGUACCAUCUUGAAAUAUGCUUGGUGGUAUGAACCUUCAUACAAUGAAAGAACGACACAGGAGAAAAAUAGCAGUAGAAUUCUGACUGGUAUAUCUGAUUUCUUGGCUUUCUUGGUGCUAUACAAUUACAUCAUUCCAAUUUCACUCUAUGUUACCGUUGAGAUGCAGAAGUUCUUGGGAUCUUUUUUCAUUGUAUGGGAUCUUGAUUUGUACCAUGAUGCAACAGGUCAGCGUGCACAGGUUAACACCUCUGACCUUAAUGAAGAACUUGGACAGGUGGAGUAUGUGUUUACGGACAAAACUGGAACGCUGACUGAAAAUGAAAUGAAGUUCAGGGAAUGCUCUAUUAAUGGUAUUAAGUACAAAUACAUCAAUGGCAAUUUGGUCCGUGAAGGAGUGACUGACGGGGAAAAAUACACUUUUACCGAUGAGGAAAAGAUGUUCUUGAAGGCAAUAUCCCUUUGUCACACAGUGCACAUUAAUGACCAGGAAGAGACACGGAGAUCAAAUUUGAAUUCUGUAGUUGAUUCAUCCUCUGUGCAAUACUAUGCUGCUUCACCAGAUGAGAAGGCUUUAGUAGAAGCUGCGAGAAAGAUUGGGAUCACGUUUGCAGGAUCAAGUGAGAAAAAUAUAUUACUUAACGAGUUUGGAAAGGAACAAAGAUACAAGCUUCUAGAUAUUUUAGAGUUUGAUGCAAAUCGCAGGCGAAUGAGUGUAAUUGUCGAAACACCAGAAGGAAAGAAGAUACUGUUCACUAAAGGUGCAGAAUCAUCAAUUCUCCCAUUAGCCAAAACUGGGGAAAUACGUACAACUAGUGUGCAUGUGGAUGAACUGGCGAUGAAAGGACUGCGAACACUUUGUAUGGCAUGCAAAUAUCUAAACAAAAAGGAGUAUGAGGAAGUGGCAUCACAGCUUCUUGCAGCCAGGACAUCUCUACAACAUCGAGAAGAAGAAAUAGCCAAUGUUUUCAAUCUUAUUGAGAGAGACUUGCAUUUACUGGGAGUUUCUGGUGUGGAAGACAAAUUACAGGACAAAGUUCCAGAGACGAUAGAAGCUCUUAAAUUGGCAGGGAUCAAAGUAUGGGUUCUUACGGGAGAUAAGCUGGAAACUGCAAUUAGUGUGAGUUUAUCAAGUGGACAUUUUCACAGGGCAAUGAAUAUUUUGGAGCUUACCAAUCAGAAAUCUGACACUGAAUGUGCAGCACAGCUUCAAAGGCUUGAUACAAGGAUAAAACAUGAUCAUGUGAUUCAACAUGGCUUGGUUGUCGAUGGAACCAGCCUUUCACUUGCGCUCAGGGGGCAUGAAGAACUCUUCAUAGAAAUCUGCAAAAACUGCAGUGCUGUGUUAUGUUGCCGAAUGGCACCUCUGCAAAAAGCAAAAGUAGUCAGGCUUUUAAAGACAUCGCCAGCCAAACCUAUUACCUUAGCAAUUGGUGAUGGUGCAAAUGAUGUCAGCAUGAUAAUGGAAGCAAAUAUUGGCAUAGGUAUUAUGGGCAAAGAAGGAAGGCAAGCAGUGAGAAAUAGUGACUAUGCAAUAGCAAGAUUCAAAUUCCUUGCUAAGUUACUAUUUGUCCAUGGCCACUUGUAUUAUGUUAGAAUAUCACAUCUUGUACAGUACUUUUUUUAUAAGAAUGUCUGCUUUAUUACGCCUCAGUUUUUGUAUCAGUUCUUCUGUUUGUUUUCACAGCAGACAUUAUAUGAUGGUGCUUACCUGACGUUGUACAACAUUUGCUUCACUUCCUUACCCAUUCUCAUGUAUAGUUUGUUUGAACAAGAUGUGCAGCCCCACAUACUUCAGAACAAGCCAUCAUUGUACAAAGAGAUUAGCAGAAAUGAGGUCUUGUCCCUCAAAAGAUUUCUGUAUUGGACACUGCUAGGAUUUUGUCAUGCCUUUAUAUUUUUCUUUGGUUCUUAUCUUCUGAGAGGAGAUGAUGCAUCCAUGAUGGGCAAUGGUCAGAUUUUGAAAUCUAACAGGCAACUGAUGUCUGGAAACUGGACAUUUGGCUUUCUGGUUUUUACAGUGAUGUUUAUUACAGUUACUUUAAAGCUUGGAAUCGAGACACACUACUGGACCUGGAUAAAUCACUUUGUUAUGUGGGGUUCAAUAAUUUUUUACUUUGGAUUUUCUUUGCUUUAUGGAGCAAUAAUUUGGCCAUUUUUGCAAUCACAAGACAUGUACUGUGUCUUUGUACACAUGCUGUCCAGUGGUUCAGCCUGGCUUGGCAUAAUUGUUAUCGUAGUUGCUUGCUUGUUCCCUGAUGUCCUAAGGAAAGUAUUCUGGAGACAUGCACGACCUACUUUGGCACAAAGAUCACAGCUCAUGGAACCCAAUUCUGGCAUCACCUGUAUGGAAUCGAUCUGCUGUUACUCAAGAGGAGAAACAGUAUGUUCACCUCUUAGAAGAAUACUAGAUCAAAUAAUGGGAAGGUGCAAACCCUUGCGAGUCAACAGAUGUUGGAGCGACCUUGAUCCUUGCUACACUAAUGACAGAAGCAUCUUAACACUCUCAUCAAUGGAUGGUUCCUCAAAUGCUUCAGUGGUUUAACAGUUGAGUGUAGACAUGAUAGUAUUGUGUCUUUGUCUUCUGUUAUUGUUUCAAUUCCCAAUUUAAUUCUGAGUCUUGGGGAUGGAUGAAAAUAUUUAUCAAGGUCUGUCUGUGACCAUCUGUUUUAUUUUUGCAUGUAUAUCUAAUUGCAGCCCAAAGAUGAUAGUAAGUUGUAUAAGAAAAAGGGGCAGAAAGUGACAAUUAAAUUUGUAUUUAUUUGUAAAUAGUUGUAACCUCAUUUUCCUCUUUUUACAAGAUGUCCUAUUUCUGGAGCUAUAUUUUUCUAAUUUUUGUUUUUUGGAUAGGAAAGGUUAGGGAUUGGAAUGGUGGAAACAUCCCUUUGGUACAUUUCGGGGCUGAAUCUGCACUAUGGCCGAGUCCAGUUUUUUUUUGAUAUUUUGAAGUAGCUGUUCUGUCCAAAAGUGGCAUGCGAUUUGUUCUUGUAAAACUCAAGUGAUAAUAUCCUUAUCAUUCUAAUUGCUCCUGUGGCUGGAUGGCUAACAUAGUGAACAGGUGGGUAGAAGCAGUCUGAACUUGAUGGAAAUGCAUUGCAAGCUAGUGUAACAAGGGAUACUCCAAGUUAACACCUUUAAAAUGUCUGCUUUUUUGAAAUGAAAAUGUUGAUCAAUUUCUUGUAUUUGGUGUACAGAAUCUAUCUUGAUCAGUAAGUGGUUUUGUGGUGUUUCCAAAAUUGGUUACACAGGAUCUUUGAAUUUGAGUUUGUUAUCCUGUAAAUUUUCUGUAAAUUAAACUGAAUUGAAAAUUAGCUUUGUGAAUGCAGAAGUGACAAACCAGGAAUAAUAUUUUUACAAUUUACUUGAACUUCCAGCACCUGCCAACUAUUUAGCAGAUUUGGAAAUGCCAGGUGCUUAUCAGGAUUCCAAGACUAAAUUCUUCUGAUUUAUUUUAACAAAUUGCAUAAGUUGGGUUAUGAAGUAAGGGUUAUGAAGUAUGGACAUCAUACUGGCGUAUACCUUUUGAGACUGAUCUAUACAUCUUCUUUCAACCUGAAAAAUCUAGUAAUCUAGAUAAUAAUACUUGCAUCUGAUAUCCACUAAAAUUGGUUCUAGAUGUUGGUUUCUGAGAUAUCUGCAAAGGAAAAUACUGUAUUGUCAACAAAUUAAUGCUGGCAAAUAACUAGUAAGUACAACAACUGGUCAAAAGUGGAAGUUGCACUGAUAGUCAUUUGCUUCCCAUCUAUAUCCAAAUUUUGCAGAAUAUAUUCAGUAUUACUGAUCUGAAUUAUGUCAACCUUUCCCAUAUACUGAUUAUUUAACAGCAGUUAAAUAGUACACAAAGAGCAGCAAAAUGUUAUAAUGUGGAUUUUAUUUUCAAAGAAGGGGUAAAUGUCAAAAUGAGAUUAUUUUUAAAUUUCAUUUCAUUCAUGGAAUUGAAAGAGUUCCUCAGCAAAGGUUCAAUGUUUAUCCCAUUGGCUAGUGGAAAAUAAUUUCUGAACUUCCUAUUUAUGAAUUUCUUGCAUGUUUUCUUGAAAUUGGUUUCUUGAAAUUGGUCUUUUAGAAGUGUGGCUCAAUAUUAGUAAGGUUUUUAUGUACUGUCCCCAAAUAUACAGGCACUAUUAUCUAACCAAUUAUCAGUGCAGUGUUUAAAAAAAAAUUACCCAGCACAAUUUUCUUUAUUUUUCAACUAGCCAAUCUCCAAGGCCAUGAUUUUAUUUUCUUCAUAUGUCUAUAGUAACAGAUUUUCCAGUCAAAAUGGUUCAAAUUAUAAAUUAGAAGGGCGUAAGGUAUAAUUGGUCAGGAAUGUAUAUUACAUUCAGUUUGACACAGUUUUCAAUGGGAAGAUCUGUGAAUACAGGAGGCAAGUAUAAAAGGAGAAAAAUCUCACUAGCUGUUAAUGAUUGGUUGUGGUAUUUGAGUGCAAGGACACAGCACAGUCAACCCUGCCUUUACGUAAGCUUUUGAAACUUCACUUAUAGCCACACUCCUAAUUAAGGUAACAUUAGGAGAUUUGUAAGGUAACUAUUUGGUGGUGGCAAUUGUACUCCAUCAGCUAGUGGAGUAGGAAGUCCAAAGUUCUAUCAUCGGGCAAAACACAUCUUUUAUCAAUACAAUAAACUCAUUUAUUCAUAUUUCAGUUCAAAAUCAUGGACACCUACCCAAUGCAGAAAAAGGAAAAGUUGCAGAUCCACUUUAAAGGUGUUAGAUUUGUAACAGUUGCUGACUUUGCAUGGAUCUCUCUUAAAGUUAAACUUUGAAUUUAAUAAUUGUCUUGCAAAUUUUGAAAUGUUUACAAAAAGGUUUUUAAUGUGAGUUGAGAUUUAAUUUGGAUGAAUCUGAACAAAAUGUGCCUUGUAAAUUUGGUUUGAGAAGGGAAAGAAAUUAUUUAUUAGAAUGUAACAUUUCAAAACUUGAGCAACUUUAUAAAUCUGAUCCAGUAUUUGUGUGAUGUGAUCUUGACCUGUUUCAGCAUGUUUCUAUAGUCCCUUUCAGUGAUGGAAUGGGAGUGGUUCAAUUUGGCUUGACAGCUGGUCAUUUUCUUUUCAUGUAGCAAAUAAUGAGGCAGAUGCUUAAGCUGUGAGGAUCCCCAAAGCCUUGUUUGUGUCCAGUGAUACUUUAGUCUGAAAGGUACAUUGAUGCAAAUGCUUUUGAUAUGUUUUACAUUAGCAAUAAAAAAAACUGAAAAUUUUAGAUCUCUGACACCAGUUCUCAUUCUGUGUUUGCAUUAUGUUUUUAUUGAAAUUGUUCCUCUGUUGAUUUUUCUCAUUCCUAAACCACUCUGGUAUCACUUUUCCAAUAAAAAAAUUAUAUUCAUAUUCACUAAUAAACAAAGGGAAAAAUUAAAGUU